GCUCCUUACAUGUAACUUUCACCCUUCGAGUCCCUCCUCGCUUCAGACGCUGAUCAAAUUUCAACGGCGAGGAAGCCUACCAUCACCAAGCAUGAAUAGAAAGAGUUCGAAGAACGAAAAUGUGGGUGACCAACACCAGAGGUUCCAGCUGGCUGGCAAUCCGGUUUCCAUUCGGCAGAUUUCCGACGAAAUCGAUAUCUGGAUGAACAACAUCAUGAAAGAAACAAGAUCGAUGUGUCCCUCAAGCGGACUCCCACCCCAAUAUUGUGAUCCUCUAGACACGAUCUGCAGGAACAUGAGCAGAUUGUUCAGAGCCAAGAAUAACCUCAUGGAUUGUUUGCUUGCCCAAGCAAAUGAGUUGACGCUGCGGCCGUCUCGAUGCCAGUUUAGGGGGUACAUGAUACCCACAUUUAGGGAACUCUGGACGAUUGCUGCAAAGAAGGGCGUUGAUGUAGCUUACGAAGUUGAUAACUCGAUACCGGAGUAUCUCGUCUACGAAGCUCCUCGGUUGCGCCAGGUCCUGUUUAAUCUGAUCAGCAAUGCAAUCGCGCGCACAAAAAAAGGCCAGGUUAAAGUUACCGCCAGGACAUCCUCGGGAAGCAGUGCCUCCGACAUCAUUGAACUCGAGUUCUCCGUCACAAAUGCACGUCUGCUGGAAAGAAAGGGAUGCGGACCAGCAUCCUAUCAGUCUUAUCGCCGGAUCAGUGACUCAAUGCUCGAGGAGUGGACGGACGCAACUGGCUUAACUCAAGCAGUAACGCAUCAGCUAAUACAAUUGAUGGAUGGCCAAAUAUGGGAAACAGCGGAGCAUGACCAUGGCUCUGUGCUUCACUUUUCCGUUAUUGUAAAGAGAGACAUACCAAAUUUAGCUCGGAUGACCUCAGACAUCUCGAAGUACGAGGACAAUCGAAUUCUUAUCGUCGACGAUAUCGCCAAUGAAAGCGACAAAAUUCGGGGUAUGCUUGAGGCAUUCCCCCUGAAUACGCUGGCUUUGAACCCAGAAGAUAUCGUUUCUUCGGAAGACGGUCGGUGGCCACCUAAAUUACACCCUAAAACUCCCUUCGAAGCAAUCAUUGUCGAUUCUGUGGACGUAUUGCACAACAUUCGAGCGAUACCACUUCUCAAUGCGACCCCGACCAUUCUUUCCAGCUCAGCUGAAUUUCUGGACCUUGCACCACUAUUGAAGCUAGAUCCUUCUACUUUCUGCAUCUCAUGCCGCAACCAGGCCGACCUAGGGUAUUCCAUCCAUUCGGCCUUCGACUCAUUACCUCUUCCAGCCGGCGCUCACAUUCUCGCCGUCGAACCUGACAAUAUCAAUCGCCUUCUGUUCAAAAAACUCUUAGGAACCUUUGAUACUCUGGAAUCCACGGUCUGUGAAAACGGCCAACAAGCAUAUGAACUGUUUACCAGGGAAAAAUAUGACGUUGUCUUUCUAGAGAUCACAGGACCCGAAGCACAUGGAGAAGAGACGGCGAAGAAGAUGCGUAUAUUCGAGAGGGAAGGGGCCAAGCUUCCCACUCCUCUCAUCGCAUUGGCGCCGCGGUCUUUCCAAGCUUCUGGCAUUUCCCUUCCUGAGGUUUUUGAUGGAUACGUUGAGAUUCCCAUUUGGAAAAAAGAUUUAACCCGGACGAUCAUUAAUUGGAUUCGAAAAUUUCGCUCACCGGAUGAUUGGGCGUAAGAGUUGGUUUGAAACCUCUGGAUAAGGCGUUUCUAGGUGGUAUUUUCAACCCUCUUUUGAGGAAGUUAUAGCAGUAAAUGGACUGUGCAUAAAACCAUAGAUUGGGCACGAGGGACAUAUCCACUGUCAGAAUCUUAGAAGAAGCACAAUCACAACAAAACACCUGACUGAUGAAGGUGAUAUCUCCAACAUAAAUGGGAUAAAUGAAACAUUACGCC